AUGGCUCUGGCCAGUGCCGCCCCGCAGCCCAAACCCCAGCCCAUUCCCCAGUUUGGCGCUCCUGCCCUCAUGGCACCCAACUUUGCCAACCUUCCUCCUCCGCCGGUACGCAGUGCAAGAAGUGUGGAUCCCAAAGAGGCGCAGCCAGUGAAUGAGCAAGCCGAAGCUGCCGGAGUGCCCACGGGUGCUGAAGAAAAGGACGACAUGGACAAGGCGGAAACGUUCGGAUUCGGCUAUCAUCACUACUAUCCAUCGUACAGCUACGGAUACGGUGGAUAUGGAGGAUAUGGCGGUUACGGCUACGGUGGCGGAUAUGGAGGAUAUGGCGGCUACGGCUACGGUGGCGGAUAUGGAGGAUAUGGAGGAUAUGGAGGAUAUGGAGGAUACCCAUACACCUACAGUUAUGGGGCAUAUCCUUACGGAUAUGGUUACUAA